AUGUCCAACAGUAGAGGAGAAUCGCCUCCCAUACUUAACAUGACUACAAUCAAUCUUGAUUUUCAUCCAACAGAACUUGUUAAACGAAUUACCAAACGAAUCCCACGUUCAUUACCGUAUUAUAAUAAUAGCGACCUGGAAGCUGAUUCAGAUGAUCCCAUUGUCGCUGAAUUAAUGAAACUACGCCCUCAUAGCUCAAGAUUUAUAAUAUCAAAUGUAUUAUAUAAUGAAGAAAUUGUACAAUAUUCAGCCAAAUUACAAGAAUUGUUAUAUUUGUUAUUGGAAGAAAAAGAGUUGGACGAUAAUAUUCGCAUUAAUCUUGAAAAUUCAUUGUCUGAGCUAACUUCGUCCUUACCUGCUCUGAAACCAGACGAUUAUAGAUACAACAACGUCUCAGAACCACAAACUAAAAAACCCAAAUUACAACAAAACUUGCCUACACCACACCCUUCUCAACUGACUUUUCCUAACAACUAUCUCUCGAAAAUAUUAAUAGAUAACUUUGAUUCUUUACUAAAGUUCUCAACAAGUUAUUUUAACCUAUCGCUUGCAUCCCAUAUUACAAAAUACGUGGUUGAAUUGAUUUAUCUGUUGAAUUAUUGGGAGGUUGUCCAUUUAGUUUAUUUGAACUCGAAUAUUAUUAAUUUUUUGCAGUUGUUAGAUUUUGAAAUUGUCAACGGGUCUUUUGGUCCUAUUGUAAGGCCACCAGAAAAUUACCUCAGCGAUAUUAUGUUACAAGGGUUGCAAUAUCCAUACCCUUACCCUUUCUAUAAUUAUUCAUAUCAUUCGUUCAACAGUACUGUUGAAGAGCAAAAAUUCAAAAAAAUAAGCAUUACACCGUAUGUGGAUAUCACUUUAAAGAAUGUUGAAGAACCAGUGCAGAAAAAGAAACGGGGCCGUGGUCGUAAAGCCAAGAAUGCCUUACCAAACAGAGAGGACAAUGAUCCAGCAACGCAUAUUGUUAAAACCCAACAUCCAGAUGUUUCCAAACAAGGUAUUGAAAAAGAUGAUGCAUUAACAGCAGAAGUUAGUGGAACUGUUAGUGAAGUGUCAGAUAACGAGAUGGAGAAACAGCCACAACCAAAGACAUCAGUGAAAAGUUCUGUUCUGCCAUUAGCAUCAGCAAUGACCCUUAAUGCGACUAACACCGAAACCAUGCCAGUUGCUCUGGAUGCGAGGAAGAUGUCAAGUGUUAGUGUAGUGUCAUCAACUGCAAUGCUACCUAUUAAUACAAUAUCGAGCACCUACACAAACCAACCUUCAUAUUAUGCAACUCAGUCUGGACAGUUCUUUCCAAAAUUUGGAGAGUUUGCCUCUGAUAAGCAUGGAACGCAUCUCCCUGUACCACGAAAUGAUACGUCUGCAGAUAGAACUGGAAGUUUAAGUGCUUCUCCAAUACCUGCUCCUAAUAAUCCAGCAACUCAUUCGUAUCCCUACUAUCCAUAUUCACAAUCCUCUUAUCAUUAUCGACACCAAAGCAAUGAUCAAACCAAUAUACUGUCAUUGCAAAAUCCGAAAUCAAACACUAUAUCAACUAUGCAGUCGCCAAAUGAGAUUUUUGUUUCAGGACAACAAGCUGAGUCAUCUUAUGGGAAUCCAUCCCAGGAGGGUUCAGAAAAACAAAGCGGUCUUGAGGACCAUUCAAACACAAACACUUUUCAUGGUUUGAGUCCGAUUACAAAUUAUCAAUCAGGAGCGGGUAAUAUAUUACCUUCAAUAGAUCGUUUGACUAACAAAUCAUCAUCACAAUCUGGAUUCAGUGAUGUUGGUCAUUACCCGAAAACGUCAUCAUUCAGUAAGCCUCUGAGUGUUGGAGCUUUUGGGGCAGGACAUAAUUUGUCAGCGGGGGAACGAGAUAAAUAUCCUUACCAAGGUAUACACCAUUCAAAGGAUUCUACGUCACCACAGCAACUUGAGAAUACUAGCGAAAAUGUGGUUAAACAUGAACCACAAUCUAUUAUAAGUGAUUCUGCUCAAUUCAAAAACCCAAUGGAAGGCUCUAGCAGCAAUCUUGUGGAUUCUUCUGAUGCACAAAAUCAUUUAUCUGUUGACGAUAAGAGCAAAAAGCCCAAAACAGGAGUUAUACAUCAAUGUCAUUUAACAGAUCCAAACACUUUACAAGAGUGUUUAAAAAUCUUUUAUGGUAAAAACGAACUUUUGCGCCAUCAAGAAUUUGUUCAUGCAACAAAGAAGAAAAUCUACAAAUGUAUAUACUGUGCAAGAAUUGGAGCCAAAGUACAGAGCUAUCCUCGUCAUGAUUCUUUGGCAAGACAUAUACGAAGAAAACAUGGUAUUACUGGAAAGGAAAACAAAAUGGCAGUCAACUAUGCCAAAGAGAAUGUUGAGAUAAUUGAUCCUGAUCAGUUAAUAACUAAACAGCAUGAUUUUCAAGAGCCAGUGGUUUCUGAAUCCCAGGUGGUGUUUUUACCGCCAAAAGAGGUAGUGCCACAACAACAAAAGAGUCAAUACCAACAGGAACCGCCCCAGUUUGAUCAAAAACUACCACCAUUACCACCUCAGCAACAAUACCCAGAUCCAAUUAGAUUUGAGAAACCUGCAGGAAUCCCCCAAUUCAUGUCAAAGUUUGGAGAAAGUGGUACCCAGUUGCCCUCUCUACAACUGUAUUCAAUAGGUGUUUCUCAACGACAUCCAAGUACAACCUAUCCUUCAAGGUAUACCACACAACCACCACAGCCACAAGAUGUGCAUAAAUAUAAUGAUACAUUACCAACUGUAUCACCCUCUGUUGGGCCAGGGCCAGGGCCAGUACCAGUGAGGCAACCUCUGUCGGUCGAAGGCAACAACAAUAACAAUAGUUCAUAUUACAACGUGACAAACCAUUCACAAAGUCCCUCCAACAUAUUAGAGCAACCGAAAAAAAAUCAAUAA